GGGACGGGGUGGGCUUGCCGGCCGCUCUGCGCGCCCCGGGCUCGGGGCGGGGGGAGCGGCGGGCUCGGGCCGCCCCGCAGAGGGGCAGACCCCUGACCCGCCGCCGCCUCUCCUCUCUUGCAGGGCAGCCGGAGAUGCCGGGGAGACGGCUGUGGUGGGCGCGCUGCUGGCUCGGCGUCUGCCUCUCGCUGCUGGGCGCGGGGGGCGCCGCCGCCGAGCCCUGCCGGGCCCCCCCCUGCGGCGGCGGCGAGGCGCCCCCGCCACCCUGCCGCGGGGCCCGCUGCGUCGGGCGGGCCGGCCGCCCCGCGCGCUCCUUCCUGCACACCGCCACGCCGCUGCGCCCGCCGCAGGGCAAGGCGCCGCCCGCCGCCCCUCACGCCGCCCCGCCGCCCGCCGGCGCCACGCACCCCGCCGCCAGGGGGGGCGCGCCCGAGGCCUGCCCCGGCGGGGACUGCGCCGCCAACGGCACCCGCCGCGACUGCCAGGGCCUGGAGUGCCGGCUGCCGCCCCGCCUGCGCCCGCGGCCCCGCGGCCCGGGCUGCGCCGCCCCCGCCGAGGGCUGCCCCGAGCCCGCCCUGCUGCGCGCCGCCGACAGAGCCGCCCAGUUCGCGGGGGACGACUUCGCCUACGCCGCGCCCGAGCGGGGCGGCGGCGCCCUGGGGGUGCAGCUCACCUGCGACGUCAAGCCAGGAGAAAAUGAAGUUCCAUCUGAAGAUGCCCUAAUACUACAGCUGCACCUUGCAAAAGGGCAUGAGAAAUUUACUGAAAUGCUAAAAAGCCAACAACAGAUCAUUGUCGAUUUGCAGCAAAAACUUGCUGAACAGCAGCACAUAUUGGUUAGCCAGCAACGUGAGAUUCUCGAACAGCAAAGAAAAAUGUAUGAGCAAAUGGACCUGAUCAAAGUCCAGUAUGGUAUGCUUUUUGAUACAGUGAAGCAAAUGUCAUUUCAGAGUUUGCAAGAAGAUAUUCAAAACUAUUUUGAAAGUCAUCUUCAAGGACUUCAGAAUCAGGUCAGAAAUCAUCUCCAAAAGUCAUACUCUGUGCAUAAAGUAGAAGUGGAUGCAAAAGUGAUUAACGUUGGGGAGUCUUUGCUGGACUGUGGCCUUUGUGAAAGCGAUGAAUUUUGCAACUUCCAAAAGACACCUUCACAAUGUGAAAAAUGCACAUUGUGUCCUGCUGGUUUUUUCCAAAUGGCUGAGUGUUCUGCAAACUCUGAUCGGAUUUGCCAGGACAGAGAUGAAUGCACUGAAUCUCCAAGCAUUUGUGGCGAGAGGAUAAAGUGCCUGAAUACUCCAGGUGGUUUCCGAUGCCUUGGAAUUGCUGAGAAAGAUGCAGCUUUGGGAAUGUGUGGAGAGGAAUAUUUCUUUAAUAAGGAAAUGCAGGAAUGCCAAGCGUGUUUAAAAUGUGAAGAUGGAGUUGUGGCCAUGCCUUGUUCCACUGUCAGUGACACGGUUUGUUCAGCAACUAGUGAAAACAAGCUCUCAGAGUCUUGGGCUGCAAACAUCAUUCUACCUCCUGUAAAGUCUGGUGUCUCUCAGGUCUACUCUGGCUUGGACUUGAAGAUAAAGGGAAGGUUUCCGUGUGAAAUCCUAUCUGUUGAAGAUAACAGCCUGGUAUUCAGGCAGCAUGGUCUGUUGUGGACUGACCUCAAUUUUGCAGUAAAGCACAACUGCAGGAAUUUUUUGCAACUUUCCUUAAAGCUCAAUGGCAGUGAGGAAGGCUACGAACUGAGCGGUGUUCGCAUUGAACAGCCAGAAGGGAAGUAUUACCAGAGCACUAGUUUAAGCAGUGCUGCUGAAGUGGAGCCCAGCCAAACUCUUUCUGUGUAUUUGAGGAGCCCAAAUCAAUUCUGCAAUCAAAGUAAAGACUUAAAUAUUUAUGAUCUUAAUACCCCACUCAGUUUGUUUUGGUUGUCCCACGACACAGGUGCUGUGGCACUCAGUGCACAGAUGUCAACAGCAAUGCAUUACCAAACCAACUAUCGACCUGCCUUUAAAAUAAUAUCUGUUUCUGACCCUUACAUGCUAAGUUUAUCUCAUGAUGGCAGAGCUAUAAAGUUCACUGAAACCGGUGUUGUCAAAUUUGUGUUCCACCAAGCAUUGUAUUCCAUGGGUCAUACAUGUGUCCGGGAGGGCUUCUCCUUAAUUUCUUACAUCAAUAGGAACGGUACCAACAGAGAAUUAAUUAAUGUAUUUAAAUCUGGGGUAAAUUACAGAGACACAUCAAUAUCUGCUUCUGGGGCUACAAAAGUUGGGGCUGGAGAUCUCAUAAGCUUUGAGAUACUUUCUCCUGCACAGUGUAAUGUUCGGUAUUUUGGAGAUAGUUCUGGAAUCAGUAUGUUUAGCCUCAUCUGGAUCCCUUCAGCAGUUUCUAGUGCCAUAUCAGCCACAGUUUCUGUUACAGGUCUGCCUACUGGAGCUGUGAGAAACAAAUUACUGGAUUUCACCCAGGUCUCAUCCAAUGAGAAGCAGAUACAGCUGGUUUCUUCUGGACAGCUUGCUCAGAAGUAUUUCAUUUUCACUGAGAAGGGAGUUGCCAGCCUUGCAUUUAACUUAAAGUUAAUCCACUCGUGCAAUGUGCUCAAAAUGACUCUCAAUCAGUUGACCAUGGAUCACAUGCAACCCACAGCAAUUGCUCAGCAGAUUGGAGGUCAGAUGCCAGAGGGAAGCAUAUGGACCAGUGUGUCCCUCCGUGCAUCUUUUGAAGUACGUAAUGGAACACUAAUAUCAGUUUCUCUUGACUGUGUGCGUGGAAGGAUCAAUCAGAUCACUCAUGAACAUGGAACCAGUAUAUCUAUUUUAUGGAUUUCCUCUUAAUUUCUGUACAGUGAAGUUAGCACAGAAUUGGGGUUUAAAUUGUAUUUGGAUUAUACUCUGAUUCUGUACAUAUUUGACACCUUAUAUGUGUUGACAUGAGCACAUUGUCCCACUAAAAUGGUCUCAGUUAUAGGAAUAUUUAAAUAUAAUCUUAAUUGAAACAUCAGUAUUUAAAGAAAAAAGGGCUUUCGGUGUUCCAAUAUUUUACUUCUGUUAACAUCUUCAGGCAGGGGAACCUUGAAUUCAGAUCAAACGGUUUUAUUUUUAAUAAAGCAGUCUCUUCAAAUUGCUUAUUUCUGGACCACAAAAAAUUGCAGGUGAGGGUAAACACAUACCUUUUAGUACUGCAACUGAAAGCAGCAUGGCCACAUAAAGGAAGCCUGCUUUCAGUUUCUUCACUGGAACAGGCUAAUAACAAGACUAGAAGCACUUUGAGGCUAAGUUGUCUAGAUCUUGUAAAAUAUUGUGCUUUCUAUAAAUGGGGAGAACAUGCCUCAAACUAGAGGUGCUAAUAUGGUAACACUGGAGUAUACAUGCUUAAUAUUAUGGAAGUGUACCUGGGUCAAAGAUAGAACACUUCUUACAACAAACCCCAUGGAAACUAAUAACUGUUGUAAAUUAAUUUGGAAAUAAUCUACAUUUAAAUAAUUUGGGAAGGCUUUUUCCCCUUUUAGUUUUGCCUGUGAAGAGUUGCAGGUGAGAAGGAAGGCUAGGAGACAAGAAAUGAGUAUUAAAAGAACAUCUUGAAAAUGAGACUUUUGGAAACGAAACAAAUUUUUAUUCCAUUCCUUAUAAAUGACAAAAUAUUUUUCUGACCAAAAAGGAACACCAUUCACAAGCAUAUUUAUUUUGCCCAACAGGUACUUAAUUUUAAAAGAUUUUUUUUUGGUCUUAUUACAUCACUCAGUUUAUUCAAUGAAAUGGCAUAUUCAGGGACGCUGAAUUUUGUUUUGUUCCAACUCUUCCAUCAAACUAUUCAUUCUUUUUCUAAUCUAUAUAGAGUGUUUUCUCUUAUUUUCUCCUUUCUCCUCCACAAAUACUGCUUCACUUUCCUUUCUCAUUUAUUUUGUUAGGAGUAAAUGGUAUGCCCUGUCAUGUAGCCCUCAACUCCUUCCAGCCUUCUUAUACAUAGAUGUAUGUAUGUCACAUAUAUAAUUAUAGAAGUGGGACGUUUAUAACGCACUUGCAGGCUGUCUUACAUUAACCUUGCUGAAAGAAGGAAUAUUAUGCACAGUACAACUUUAAUGUAGGUGACUGUCUGAGUAUGUAUAUCUGAAAUAUAUGUACUUUCCUAUGCUCUUCACCUGUUUUGGAGUUUGUCACGCUGUUUUACUGUACAGUCUCCUCCUAUAAUUUUCUGUAAAAGAAUGAACCCAAGUGCAAGACUUCUGUAUGGUGGUUCUGCUUUUACUUGUAACUUUAUAACUGUGUCCUAAACUAUUAUUUUUCCAUCGUCUUUUUUUUCUUCAAGGUUAUACUCAAAGAUGCAUGCUUAGGACAAAUUGUUCUCUUGGUUCAAAUAGAGUUUUUCUUGCUUUCAGCUGCAAAGUCUAAGUAGUCCAUCACAAGAUACCUCAUUGAGCCAGAAUAAGUUCCACAGUAAGUUCAAUCCUGCUGCCCACCCUUGAUGUUUGUGACACACAUCUCGGUGCCUGUGUUCAGCCAGACUGUCAUUCAUUCUCGCAGGGUCACAAGGAAGGAUGAAUUAAAGCUAAUGUUAAAGGUGUUCAACACUUGCAAAAUACUGUUAUUGUUACAGAGGAUAUUUUUUCUUAGAGAAAGACUUCUGGAAUGAGAAGCGUGUAUAUCUGUUAUAUACAGAAGAACUGCAUUACCUAGGAGCAGAGCAGUUUUUCUGGAUGCUUCACUCUGGAAGUCUACUGAGACUGAACAAAGAUGAAAUGCCACAGCAGUUAAAGUUUUCUGAUACGUCCAUCUGCUUUCUGCAGAAGGAUGCACAUGAUGUAAGAGGAGCUCUGCAGAAAGCAGAUCCGGGGUAUUUCUAAGGUAAGAUUUCAGGGGAAGAUAAUGUUGGAGAAGGCUCAAAAUGAUACUCUUAGGAUUUUAAAGGCAGCUAAGAAAGUCACCUUCUCACAGACAUAACCCCUUUUUUCCCUGUGUUGUUUUGUGCUAUGCAGUUGUGUUAAAGGCUGCUACUUCCCAGUAUAAAGAGUCAUUCUAGAUUUAAACCUCUGUGGCAGGUAACAGAUAUCAGAAUCUGAUGUUAGACAUAAUCUGGUACAUCUUCAGCAAAGUGCAGGUGUUAUUUGAAUAUAAUAAACAUUUGCCUAUAUAUAGCAUGUAGCAAAUCUAAUGACAUUAUUUCUGUGAGUAUGCUUUAUUUGAGUGAGAUUGUGUUACCAGUGGAAUUGCCUGAAUAUGGAAAGACUGAUGCUCAAAUUCAGUAAUAUGCACAUUGGCGGUACUUGCAUUUAAAGGCACCAUUAUUAAAGGAUGGAGAAACUACCAGGGAGGUACAAGUGAACAUUAUUACAGCUAAGAGAGAUUUCAGAGUAUGAAUUCUUCAACGUAGUAAAUCUUCUUGGAGGAUUCUGGGGUGAAUGCCUAUAACUGCCCUUAAAUUCAGAAUAGAUUUUUAGAUGCGCAGUAGCAGAAAUGCAGUAUUUUGCAUCCAUGUGGUGGUUAUAAUGCAUCUAAUACUGUUUUGCUAAUGUCUGUGAUAAGGUACUUGUGAUGAAAAAAUUCUUACUAAAUAUGUAGUAUUAAUUGCAACUUACAGCAAGUUUAGCCUGAUUUCAAGCAAGAAAAGGCCAAUCGUUUGAACUUCUUUUACAUCUCUCCCUUUCAGGGGAAAAAAAAGCCUGAAUCCAUACUUCAGGCCACUCACUGACCUUGGCCGUAGUAACAUGAAUUUGGAGUGAGUGUGUUGGAAUCUGUGGAUUUAUGAUAGCCUAAUUAAUGGCAUAGUAUAUAGCCUUUGCAUCUAUGAAAAUGAUAUAUAUUGCUUCAUACCAUGCAACAUUAAGUGGUGCACUAUGAUCCUAAAUAAGAUGAAGUUGAACAGGAAUCAGACAAUGUACAAUGAAUGCUAAUUUCAUGGCAAUUACCCCUUUUGCUAUAAUAAAUUGCAUGUUUUAUUGACAGAUAUCUUAAUUAUAUUUACAACAUCUGAACUUUUUUAUUCUUUUUUUUGCAUAUGGUUUCUUUCUAUUAGUAGCACAAUAUAAUACUGUGAAGUACAGAAUUAAUUUAAAAACUUUUUCUUUUGCAUCUUUUGAUACCACAUUCAUGAAUAUGCUUAAAAUAGCUGGAGACAGUCUCUCCAAUCCUUUCUGCCAGAGAGUGUGUCUAAUGGAGGUAUUAAUGGAGUAACAGAGUAAGUAUGAGCCUGGCAGAAUCCAGCUGUGCAGAAAGAGUUGAAGUUAAUACAUCCAGGAAGACAGGUGGUUAUUUCACUAAUAACCAACAGGUUGUUAUAGAAAACUUGACCGUUACAGAAGGAAAAUAAUUUAGGUUGUAUAGUCCUGCUCCUCAUGCAAGAGGAAAAAGGAUUUUGCUUACAAAAACCUGCAUUGUUUUAUAUUGUGAAACAUUUUGCAAGUUCAAAGAUUUUACCUGAAUAUUUUUUAUUACCUAUACAAAUUUUUUAUGCUUUCUAUGAAGUCAAAACUGGGCAGAAUAUGGUAAGUCUAUUUUAAUAUUGUGGGCUCUUCCUCUGUUUUGUGUUCUGCAGAUUGCAAUACACUAUGAAAAUGCCACUAGUUUCAAGUGGUGAUUUUUUAAUGAAAUUUCUUACUUUGAAAUAUUACCUUGUUUUAAAAAUACUGGUUAGAUGUUUGCCUCUGUUAAUAUUAUAUUGUAAUACGUUUUAAGAGAACUUCACUGAAAUAAACCAA